AAUCUGUCGGACAAUGGGUUUUUUAUACCUAUCUUUACACAAAGUCACAUUUUUACAACUGUUGGAUUUCUCCAGCUUAAAAUAUUGAGAGCAGAGGGACAGACAGUCAGCUGCUGGCUAUCUUGGGGCGAUAGAUACUGAGAUUCCAACUGAUCAUGCUUUGGACAUCUACCAUAUAUUAGGAACAUAUACUUGGUCUUAGAUCGUUAGACCCCCCCAUCCUAAAGUGUGUCUGUGGAACUUCUACAUUUCAUAGAAUGGGGAGGAAACGCCAUUUUGUUUGUUUGGGACUUGGUCCCGAGGUACAACUGAAUCGUCUGCUAAUGCUGCUUUCUCUCCACUUUUUGAGGAAACGUUGUCGUACGUUGUUUCAAUUGAAGGAGUACAGUACACAAUUCAUCUGAUGAGGAACAAAGAACUGGUGCCAACAGACUUCAAAAUUUAUACCUACAAUAAAAAAGGAAAACUGCAAACACAUACUCCAAACUUACAGAAUCACUGCUACUACCAGGGAUAUGUCGAAGGAAUUGCAGAUUCGUCAGUUGCAGUCAGCACUUGUUUUGGGAUCAGGGGCGUUGUGCAAAUCAGGAAUAUGACCUAUGGAAUUCAGCCAACAUAUGUAGCUUCUCAACAUGCUGUCUACCGCAUGGAGAAUGUGAAGAGGGAGCCCAGGGCCUGCGGCAUUCCUGAUCUGGAUGGAAAACAGGAAAACACAGAUGCUCAGCACCACCCUGAUUUUUCUCUGCUGACGAGAAGGAAAAGAGGCAUUCUUCAACAAACAAGAUACGUGGAGCUUUUCAUCGUUGUGGACAAAGAAAGGUAUCACUUGCUAGGCCAGAAUACAACUGCAGUAAGAGAAGAGAUGAUGCAGCUGGCAAACCAUCUGGAUAGCAUGUACAUUAUGUUGAACAUCCGCAUUGUGCUGGUUGGCCUGGAGAUCUGGACGUUUGAAAAUAAGAUCCGAAUUGAAGGAGGAGCAGGGGAUGUUCUUGCCAACUUCGUGCAGUGGAGAGAGCAGGAUCUUGUCCCACGCCGACGGCAUGACAGCGCCCAGCUUGUUCUGAGGAAGGAAUUUGGUGGCACAGCUGGGAUGGCUUAUGUAGGAACUGUGUGCUCCAAAAGUCAUGCUGGAGGCAUUAAUGUGUUUGGACACACCAGCGUGCAGGUGUUUGCAUCCAUUGUUGCUCAUGAGCUUGGCCACAACCUGGGAAUGAACCACGAUGAUGACAGAAACUGUCACUGUGAAACAGGGAACUGUAUUAUGAACUCUGGAGCAUCAGGUGCUAGAAAUUUCAGCGCGUGCAGCGAGGAAGACUUUGAAAAGCUAACCUUGAACAAGGGUGGAAGUUGCCUUCUCAACAUCCCCAGGCCCGAUGAAACCUACAGCGUCCCCUAUUGUGGCAACAAGCUUGUGGAUGCAGGAGAAGAGUGUGAUUGUGGGUCAGUGGAGGAAUGUAAGUCUGAUCCCUGCUGUGAGGCAGGAACUUGCAGGCUGCGCUCAGGGGCCAUCUGCGGUUAUGGAGAUUGCUGUCAAGAUUGUCAGUAUCUUUCCAAAGGCACCGUGUGCCGGGAGACAGCCAGCGAGUGUGACCUUCCAGAGUAUUGCAAUGGGUCUUCCGCCUUCUGCCCGCAGGAUGUCACCAUUCAGAAUGGACACCCUUGCCACCAAGAUGAGGCCUACUGCUACAAUGGGGUUUGCCAGUAUUAUGAGUUACAGUGUCAGAAUAUCUUUGGACCACAAGCAAAGGUUGCCCCUGAAAUUUGUUUCUUGGAAGUGAAUUCCAAAGGGGACCGGUUUGGAAACUGUGGUUAUCAGAACCGUGAAUUCAAGAAGUGUUCAAGCUGGAAUGCCAUGUGCGGAAAGCUGCAGUGUGAGAACGUGAAAACCUUACUUGUCUUCGGGAUCAAGCCUGCCAUUAUUCAAACUCCUAUCAAAGGCAACACUUGUUGGGGUGUUGACUUCCAGCUAGGAUCAGAUGUGCCGGAUCCUGGGAUGGUGAAUGAAGGAACCAAGUGUGCACCUGGAAAGGUUUGCAAACACUACCAAUGUGUUGAUGCGUCCGUGUUAGAUUAUGACUGCGACAUAAAGAAUAAAUGUAGUGGGCAAGGGGUAUGCAACAGCAAUAAAAAUUGCCACUGUAACUCAGAGUGGGCCCCUCCCUACUGCGAUUCCCCCGGAUAUGGUGGAAGUGUAGACAGUGGACCCGCUUACAAUGACAGGGAUGCUGCAACACGAAACUGGAUAAUGGCGUUCGUGUUUAUAGUUCUCCCCAUCCUGAUAGCUUUAGUCAUUCUUUAUCGCAGAAGAAAUCAAAUGAUCUCUUCCAUGAUGCCACUAGUGGAGGCCUGUUGCAGACCUUUUCGCAGAUCAGGUGUCGGUAGGCAGCAGGCUGUUCGAACCGAGCGCCCACGCAACUUUCCGUAUUCUUCCAGAGGUGCAUCAUCUUCAGCGGUAGUGUCAUCCAUGGACCAGCAGUGUGUCCCACCAAGGCCUCCGCCCCCAAUGCUGAAAACUACAAAAGCAUCGGACCAGAUUUUUCCUUCUCGACCAGCACCUUUGCCUCCUAUAUAAAACAUCUCAUUUGACUUUCGCAAGCCGCCCCCCCCCCCUUCUUAGAGCAGAGCUCCCUCCAGCUUUCAUCAAAUGACGCUUGAAUCUGUCUUUUCCUCCUUGGCACUGGAUAAAGAGGAAAGAAAAUACAGAAGCAAAAAUGAGAUGAAAAAACCAAGGAAUGUAAACUUAUCAAAUACCUCUCCAGGAACUGAAAUCACUGAGUCUGUGAAAACUGUCUGAGCUGGCAACAUUUGGGCUGCGUUGCUGGAAGAUAUCAGUUUGAACUGGAACAAAGUUUUGGGUGCAACUGCAUCUUCCUUCUUUUUACGAUUAGAUUUAAUCAUAAGAUACUUGACAUAUGCAAUCCCCCCCGCAUCGCCAGUCCCUGAUGGAUUUUCUAGAAAAUAAAAUCAGUUAAGGGAAGGCGGGCAUAACAUUUUUUAAGGACCAGUAUGCUGAUCAAGAAGUCUAGUUGUGUUUCACUAAAAUCUAUCUUACUGAAAAGUGUCAUUAUCAAAAACAAAUGCAGUUCUGCUUGGUUGGGGAGAGGAACUGGGUAUGGACAGCACUGGUUGGCAGGAGCCUGUUCCUUCACCGAGACAUCCUCGGCCUUGAAAGCAUUGUGGCUAUUCUUGAAUUUUUCUUCUGAAAAUAGUGCAAACAACAGACAUGUAUAACUGCGUGUGGCACUUUAAAUGAUUGGACCAAAAUAUGACAAGAGGAUCAAGGCUUGCAUGUAAUAUGCUUGUGUUUGCAUCAGUUGCUCAAAAUACAAAGCCAGGAGGAUGCCAGUUCAUUCUGUGGCUGAGAGGCAUGGUUUGACAGCUGCGCUUUUAAAAAAACCCUUACAUCUGUCCUCACAUCUGUAGCUGCACCAAGAUAGAUCAGAGCUGCACUCCAAAGUAGGCCAACCCAGGAGUGGAAACAAAAUUAAAUUGUUCUGUGUGGAUUGGAGUUUCUUAUCUGGAAAUGCAUGGAGGCUAAAAGAGACAUGGGAAAAUGUGAAGAAUAAGGACUGUGCAAUUUUCUUCCUCUCUGCUUAGAAAUAAGACCCACUAAGUUCAAUGGGACAUUUGUUCAGUGGGUAUAAUAUUGCAAGCUCAGCCAAGCAGGGCUAUCAGACCAAGGACUCUGACUGUUCAUCGCUGACACUGACAUUGUUCUGUAAUGAAAAAAGAUGGAAGAAUUGGUAGGAGAAGAGUAUAAAUGGAAGAUGAUCCUCCCUGUGACUGGUUUGAUAAGGAUGUGGUCAUAAAGUCCAAAUUGGUGGCCAUGAUGUUGCGAUCAAAGCUCUUCCCAUUUGAAUGCACCUGCAUAAAAAUGGGCAGAGCUGCAAUCACACUACAGGUAGUCCUCUCAGCAACCACAAUUGGGAUGGGCAACUCAGUCGUUAAGUAAAGUGGUCGCUAAGUGAAACCACAACCGUGCUUACAAUCUUCCUUCGGCUUUCCUUUGCUUUACAGACCUGUGAGGAUUGUCAGUGCAAGGAUCGGUCCCAAAGUGACUUUUUCAUCACCUUUGUAACUGCGAACAUCACUAAAUGAGGCAGUUGCUAAAUGAGGACUACCUACAUCAUGGCCGCCAACUUGACUUUUUCCCCGUGCCCUGCUGACAGCCCUGCUUCUGCCAGAAUUGAGGCAGGGUGAUUGCACAACAAGCUACUUGUCUGGGUGCCUUCUCCUUCCUGAAAGUUAAUGAAAUGCAUUGUUAGCAUGUUCAUAGCUUUUAAUGCUGUGGGUGACUGUUAACGCAUUCUAAACAGCUAAUUUUAUUUCAGCUGGCUGACCUUACAACUGUGUUUAAUAAAAGAUGUUAGGGAUGUCUAACCGUUUUUAGUUAACAAGCACUAACCUGGGAAAUUCUUCUAAUUAACCACUACUGGUUCUUCUAAAUGAUGGUACAAGAAUUGCACCUUAGUGGGGAGUAAGUGGCUUAAAGGUUCCAAAAACUCUCCUGGAUUUGCUAGAAUUCUAAACUGUUUACCUGUCAAUUUUUUUCCCCAAAAAGCAUAUGCUUGAAAAAGGAAUGAAAACCAAUGUCCAAGUUUAGAAAUCAAGACUGUACUUUCCACUGAUGGCUAUUACGUUGACAUUUGUCUAGUUCAGGAGUUUUCAAACUUUUUCAGGCCAUGGAAACUGUUUGUUUUAUAAAACAUCCUGGAUCCCUAAUUAAGGGGGUUGAGGCUUCUGGAUGACAGCUGACAAGCCUUGCCCUUUCUGGGGGCAGAUGGCUGAGAGUGUUCAAGUCCCCCCCAAUUCCAUUCUGGAGAGGGGCUUCCCCCCCACUUCAUGCUGCAGUCCCAUUCAAGUCCCAGCAGAACCCCAGGUCUGCAUGGAAGUCAGUUUGAAAAACCCUGGUCUAGUUUAUUGUACUAUAUUUGGGGACUGGAAGACACUUCCCAUGUUUCAUAUGGGACACAGAAGAAAGACCAGGGUGUCCCCCUUCUGAAUAUAGUCUGCAUUUUUCAGGGUCACAGAAAUGCUACACAAAUAGUGCUAAGACCGUCCAAAUUAGUGCCAGCUUUUCAGUUUUGCUGUGCUUUUCCCUGCCAAACUAAUGGGCACCACUGAAAAUACAAAGAGCAGAUGGAAACAAUGGUGAAACUGUGAUGUUGAAUAUAUACACGCCCAAAUGGCUGACUAGAUAUGUUAGCUUCAUGGGCAGUCUGCACCUUCUCCAGCUUAACCUAUUUGCUCUAAUAUCUGCCUUGAUGCAAAAUCCAUUUUAUUAUCUGAACCCUUGGACAAUGGCAUGAGCACUUUAAAUCUGAGAGGCCUGCUGAAGAAUCCAAUCUGUCCUUAAAAAUGGCUUUUUCAGAUCAAUCAGGGAUGCUUAUAUUGGCUAAAUAUUGUUGGACUGAAUUGUGCCAAUCCUUGCACCAUCGACUGAGCCGGAGUUUGAAUGUUGCUGAAAAGAUUCUGCUAGCUUUGGGGUCAUAGAUUGGCACGGGUGUUAGACAAGGGGGUGGGAUCUCUCCCGGUUAGACACAAUAUGGUUAGUUCAUAAUGGACAAGGAUUCUUGCAAAUCAGUAAACUAUCUCCAAAGAGUGGAAUAGUUAUGAGUAAAUUAUGUAAAGAUUUAUUCCCUAGCUGUCCAACAUAACUCUUUGUUUGGUAAAUGUACACAUCAUUCUUGCCAAAAGAGAGUUUUUAGUGUUUGUAUAUAGUCAUUUGUGUUAAUAAAAUACUUGAAUGAUUUAGUCUCAAAAAA